AUGGGGCACUUUGAUCCUCCGAUCAAUGAGCCCCGCAUAGUCAACGAUCACUGUGCCCCAUUAGGUACAGUUGAUAUAUUGAUGCCAAUAACUUCUAUAAAUACAGCGGAAGAAGAUGAACUUUCAACUUAUCUUCGUCAAGCAUCUGAUAUGCAUUUUGGACUUAAUGUUAGAGAAACAAAGCAACUUCCAUAUCAAUAUGCAAUUAAUAACGGAAUUAAAAUACCAGAAAACUGGAAAAAGAGUGAUACUGCUGGAACUAAAUGGUUUUAUUUAUUCUUAAAUCAUACAAAAUUAUCAAUUUGUAUGCAAGAGGCUACCAGCAUUAGUAGAACAACUAGUUUCAAUCGCACCAAUGUAGAUACCUUCUUCAAAAACCUUGACAGGGUACAGAAGCGCUAUAAAUUUUCUGCUGAUUACAAUUACAGUAUUGAUGGAACAGCUCUUAUAACUGGUCAUAAGCCAGUGGUUGCGGGUAAAGAAGUAAAGCAAGUAGGACAGGUAACUUCUGCUGAAAAGGGAAUCCUAGUUACAAUGGUUAAUUGUAUAAUUGCUCUUGGAAAUACUAUUCCACCGUUUUUGAUAUUUCCCCGUACCCACUUUCGUAGCCACAUGCUUAAAGGUGCACCAACAGGUACCAAAGGUGAUGCUAAUCCUAGUGGAUGGAUAAAUACAGAAAUAUUUUUGAAAUGGUUUGAUCAUUUUGUGCAGGAAGGACAUCGUAGCCAGCAUCAUCCAAUACUUUUAAUAAUGGACAACCACAAAAGUCAUAUACCGAUUGAAUUGAUGGAUAAAGCUAAGGAAAGUAAUGUUGUGCUCUUGACAUUGCUACCCCAUUGCAGCCACAAACUCCAACCACUUGACAGAUCAGUAUUUGAGCCAUUAAAGAAGUUUUACAGUUCAGCAUGUGAUUCAUGGUUAAAGGCACAUCCAAAUACUCCUAUGACGAUAUAUGACAUUUCUGAAAAUUUAGGAACAGCUUAG